AUGCAAGCCAAUUUUAUGUAUAUUUCUAAAGAAGUAAUAUCUAAAUCUAAUAGAAAUAUUCCAUCUCUUGUUACAUUACCUGUCGAACUUGUCUAUUGUAUUCUCGACAGUCUCGAUAUGUUAACAAUACUCUUAUCAUUCCGCAAUGUUUGUACAAGACUCAGUAACAUUACGAAUACUUAUCAUCGAUAUAAAACAUUUACCAUAUUAGAUCUUACUCAUCAUAAGCUCAAUGAACAACAAUUUCAAUGUCUAGCCAAUACCUUACGAAAUAAUAAAACAUUAACAGAGAUUCAUCUUCGAUGUAAGCAAAUCGAUAAUCAAAAGACAAAAGAUUUAACUGAUGCAUUAAAAACUGACACUACACUCAUAACAUUAGUCCUUUCGAAUAAUGCAAUAGGUACUGAUGGUGUACAAUAUUUAGCUAAUUUAUUAAAUAAUAACAAAACACUAAUGAAACUUGAUCUUGGAUGCAAUAAAAUUGGCUCUGAAGGUAUACGAUAUAUAGCUGAUGUCUUACAUAAUAAUCAUACAUUGACCAUUCUAAAUCUUGAAAUUAAUAAUAUUGGUAAUCAAGGUACACAAUAUCUAACAAAUGCUUUAGAAAAUAAUACAACACUUACGAUACUGAUGCUUUCUAAUAACUGUAUCGAUCAUGAAGGUGCACAAUAUCUUGCUAAUAUGCUUUGCAAAAACAAAACAUUAUUAACAUUGAUCCUUUCUGAUAAUAGAAUCGGUUCUCAAGGAGUAAAAUAUCUAGCUAAUGCAUUAUGCAAUAACAAAACACUUACCAAAUUGCAUCUACGAUUGAAUAGAAUUAAUUCUGAUGGAGCACAAUAUCUCGCUGAGGUUUUAUAUAAUAACAAUACAUUAACAGAACUUUAUCUUGGAUGGAAUGAUGUUGGUAACGAAGGAGUAAAAUAUUUAGCAAAUGCAUUAUAUAAUAAUCAUACACUUCAUAUUCUACAUCUCGAAUAUAACAAUAUCGAUUGUGUGGGAGCACAAUAUCUUGCUAAUGCUUUACAGAAAAAUAAAACAUUAAUACAACUUUAUCUUGCAUGUAAUAAGAUAAAAAAUCAAGGUGCACAAUAUUUAUUUAAUAUUUUGAAAAAUAAUCAAACAUUAACCAUUAUAAAUAUUCAAUCAAACGAAAUUGAUUUCCAUGAUAUUCAAUAUUUAACAGAUACAUUAGAAAAACAAAGAAUUCAAUUUUAA